AUGAGCCACGAGCCAAGCGGCACUGUGAGGCCCACAAAUCCUCCGAGGACUCCAGCUCUCCAAAACCCAAAAAGCAAGAGGCAAAGGGGGGAGCAGCGGCACCAGUGCAAGCAUUGCGAUAAGUCCUACAAGAGUGCGUCCUUACUGAGGAGCCAUGUCCGUAGCCACACGGGUGAAAAACCUUUUAAAGACCUGAAGAACCACGAACGCAGCCACACGGGAGAGAAACCGUUCCUGUGUUCGGACUGCGGGAAGGCGUUUUCACGUGCCUCCUCUCUCACGAGCCACCAACGCACCCAUUCUGGUGAAAAGCCAUAUCUGUGCCCACAGUGCGGCCGCAUGUUUUCAGACCCGUCCAGUUUCCGGCGCCAUCAGCGGGCUCACCAAGGCGUCAAGCCGUACCGGUGUGACAAGUGUGGCAAGCCCUUCCGGCAGCCGGCAGAUUUGGCCAUGCACCAACGCAUCCAUACAGGCGAGCGUCCCUUUCGUUGCCCGGACUGCGAUAAGACGUUCGUGGCAUCUUGGGAUCUGAAGCGCCACCGUUUGUCUCACAGCGCUGAACGCCCUUUCCAGUGCCCGGAGUGUGGGAAAGGGUUCGCGGAACGUUCUGGGCUAAGCAAGCACCAGCGUUCCCACAGCGGGGAACGGCCUUACAAGUGCGAGGAGUGCGGCAAGACCUUCAUCAGCGUGAUGGAUCUGAAGAACCAUCAGAAGAGCCACCCGGAACUGAGGCCCUUCCGUUGCGAGCAUUGCGAGAAGGGGUUCCUGGAUAAGGCCGGGCUAAAGAAACAUCAGCGGAUACAUAGCGACGUACGACCCCACGUGUGCCAGCAGUGCGGCAAAGGCUUCCUAGUACCUUCCGACCUGCGCAAACAUCAACGAACACAUGCCAAGGAGGUUAAGGGGAAGGUGGAGGAGGAAGAAGAAGAGAUUACAACCUUGACGCUCCAUCCAGCUUCUAUGGAGUCUCAACCCUUGUUUGAUCCUCUGGUCUCUUUUCUGGAGAAGGUUGCUGAGGGAGACAUGGAGGUCAUUGAGUCUUCCCCAUCCUCAAGUUGA